AAGACCCGCCCUUCGCUAGGAGGACGCACAGUCAGUCAAAAAUGAGUUACCAGUACGGACAGGGCUAUCCGGGACAGACCGCACCCACUGCUCCACACGGGGGUGGUCAACACCCCUCUGCCCCCUAUGGAGGUGCAGCAGUUCCACCAGGAGGCCAAUAUGGACCUGGACCAGGACAAGGACAAGGUGGUCACUAUGCACCUGCACCAGGACAAGGUGGGCACUAUGCACCUGCACCCGGACAAGGUGGGCACUAUGCACCUGCAUCAGGACAAGGUGGUCACUAUGCACCUGCAUCAGGACAAGGUGGUCACUAUGCACCUGCAUCAGGACAAGGUGGUCACUAUGCACCUGGACCAGGACAAGGUGGGCACUAUGCACCUGGACCAGGUGGUGCUCCAGCUGGUUACGGUGGACAACCUCAUGGUGCUCCUUACAGGCACCCUGCUCCUUCAGGCAACAUCCCUCCCGGUGUGAACCCCGAGGCCCAGCAGUGGUUCCAGAGUGUGGACACGGACCACAGCGGCUUCAUCAACAUGAAGGAGCUCAAGCAGGCGCUGGUCAACUCCAACUGGUCCAAUUUUAACGACGAGACGUGCCUCAUGAUGAUCAACAUGUUUGACAAGACCAGGUCAGGCCGCAUGGACCUCCUGAGCUUCUCGGCCUUGUGGAGCUUCAUGCAAAAGUGGAGGGCGCUCUUCCAGCAAUAUGACCGGGACCGCUCGGGAGCCAUCAGCGGCACGGAGCUACACCAAGCUCUCGCGCAGAUGGGCUACAACCUGAGCCCCCAGUUUUCCGAGUCCCUGGUGCGGCGCUACAGUGUCCACCCGGCACGUCCCGGCAUUCAGCUGGACCGCUUCAUCCAGGCGUGCACGCAGAUGGAGAGCAUGACGCAGGUCUUCAGGGAGAGAGACACCAGCAGGACGGGCAACGUCCGCCUCAACUACGAGGAGUUCCUAUCGGGCGCCGUCACCCGGCUGAUGUGAGGUCGUCGGGACACGCCCCUGUGCACACGGUACACCAGCCGGGCGCAACCUGGCAGCUCGUUGCUAUGGAUACUUGACACCAAAACAAGGCAGGACGGGCGAAGUAGUGCCUUUAUGUCAGCGGUGGAACAAUUAGUCUUGAUUGUACCUCUAACACAUGUUUAAAACUCCUGCACUCAGUAAACAUACUCUCCAGUAUUUUACAUUAGUUAAAGAUAAUUACAUUUACAUUAUAUAUGGGAAUUGAGCCGUUUACGCUACAAAGGUCAAGUUAUAUGAUCCCAAGUAGAGAUCGACCGAUUAUCGGCGUCCAAGGUUUCCUAAAAAAAUAAUGUAAAAAAAGAGACUUUAAGCCUUGUCCAACUGUUUAUUCGCGUAAACUAUUCAUGUUUAAAUAACUUUUCCUGCAAAUGAAUAUCUGCUCCAAAUGUCAGUUAUCGGCCUCCUUGACCACUAAUAAUCUGUAUCGGUCGAUCUCUAUCAUCCCAAGCACCUAAUAGAACGUUUUUUUGCAACUGGAAAGCGUGUUUUUAGGAGUAUUUUUGUAAUACCUCUGAUUACCUGCAAAAAUACCCCCUGUGUAUUUUGAUAAGCAAAUUGUAUUUUACAUUCCACUGUGAUAUGCCAAAUGUAUUUUUUUUUUAUCGUCAAAAAAAAUAAAUUGCUAUGGUUUAUUCUCUUGAUGAAUGACUCAUUUAAAAUAUGUAAUGAUUGGAAAUGUAUAGUUUGUAACUGACUUUUUAUUG